AUGGGAAAGCGAUGUCGAUCAAAUCGCAAUGAUAACUUUUUCAGUGUAUAUCUAUCUAUCUAUCUAUCUAUCUAUCUAUCUAUUCUCUUCGUGUUAGAGGCUUCUUAUAUGUAUUUAUUUAUUUUUAAAUUUGAAUUUUUUCUAUCUAUCUAUCUAUCUAUCUAUCUAUCUAUGCAUAUAUAUUCACUAUUUAUAUGUAUCUGUUUAUCCGUAUCUACGUAUGUUUACAUCUAUCUAUCUAUCUAUCUAUCUAUCUAUCUAUCUAUCUAUCUAUCUAUGUAUUCGCAUCUACGUCUUUUCAUAACUAUCUAUCUAUCUAUCUAUCUGUCUAUCUAUCUGUCAACUAUUUAUAUGUAUCUGUUUAUCCGUAUCUACGUAUGUUUACAUCUAUCUAUCUAUCUAUCUAUCUAUCUAUCUAUCUAUCUAUCUAUGUAUUCGCAUCUACGUCUUUUCAUAACUAUCUAUCUAUCUAUCUAUCUGUCUAUCUAUCUGUCAUUCACAUCUUCCUGUUCCUAUUGUUAUCUAUCUAUCUAUCUAUCUAUCUAUCUAUCUAUCUAUCUAUCUAUGUAUUCGCAUCUACGUCUUUUCAUAACUAUCUAUCUAUCUAUCUAUCUAUCUAUCUGUCUAUCUAUCUUUCACAUCUUCCUGUUCCUAUUGUUAUCUAUCUAUCUAUCUAUCUAUCUAUCUAUCUAUCUAUCUAUCUAUCUAUCUAUGUAUUCGCAUCUACGUCUUUUCAUAACUAUCUAUCUAUCUAUCUAUCUAUCUGUCUAUCUAUCUUUCAUCUUCCUGUUCUAUUGUUAUUAUUAUCUAUCUAUCUAUCUAUCUAUAUCUAUCUAUCUAUCUAUCUAUCUAUCUAUGUAUUCGCAUCUACGUCUUUUCAUAACUAUCUAUCUAUCUAUCUAUCUAUCUGUCUAUCUAUCUGUCAGUUUGAUCGUAUCUACGUCUGUUCAUAUCCCUGUAUCUAUUAGUUCACAUCUUCCUGUUCCUAUUGUUAUCUAUCUAUCUAUCUAUCUAUCUAUCUAUCUAUCUAUCUAUCUAUCAGCGCAUUCGUUUCUAUCUUGUGGUGUGUUAAAAUUUGUUAGCUUUUGUUGUCUACAUGAGAAAAUCUAA